AUGAAUAUCAUUAUUUUGUCAUUAGAAACGAGAAAAUUGACUGAUGAGGCUGUGAGUGCUUGCAAUUUAAUUGGAAUUAAUCCUCAAGAUCUCUAUGAAAAGUAUGAAUUAGAAUGGCUAAUUAAAUUUUCAAUUAGGUCCUUUGAAACCUUUAAAGAAACAGCUGAAAAUGAAGAAAUAGCUUAAAUGAGAUUCCAGCAUUUCGAAUAGCGCAGAAGAAACAAAUUAAAGCUUGUAUCAGAUGCCAUAAAUGAAAAUUUAAGAAAUAGGGCGUAGAGUAGUAAUGGAGCAGGCAUGAAUCUUGAUAUAGAUAAAUCUAUGGGGUUUGCUAAUAAGACAUAAGCAGGAAAAGCUAUAUUUUUUAAUACUCGCAUAAACAGAGUAUCAUCUGUACAUAAUGCAACUAGAUAAAAAACAAUGUUCAGCGAGGGAAAUAAUUCGAGACAGAUGGAUUAUUUUGACGGCAUGAAUUCAUCUGCAGAAAGAAUGGGCAACCUUAAUACUGAAAGAGAUCAAAUUAAAAUACAAAAGCUACUUAAAAUAAAAGAAAAUAUUGAAUCUUUGGCUAAAAAAGAAGCAAUGAGAUAUCAAUCUAUGAUGAAGAAGAGCGAAAAAAGAGAAAAGUUAGCAAAAGAAUAUAAAAAAGCACUUAUUGAUGAGGCAAAGAUGAGGAAAGUGAAAUAUGAUUCACGCCGUAUUUAAGCUAAAGAUCUUGUAUAAAAAUCUGUUACAGCUAGUGAGUAAAAGGGUGUCAAAAUUUACUCCUAGUAUAUUAAAGACAUUGAGAAAAGACUGGAUGAGGAAAAAAAGAAAGAGAAAUAAAUGUCAUUUCAAGAAUAUGAGAACUAUAAAAAGAGGUUCGAGCACUCCCUCCAAAAUUCUUCAUUUUAUAAUGAUAAGUUACGAGAUAAAGAUAAUGAAACUUUAAUUAACCUAGGCUAACUUGACAAUAGAUUGAACUAGGGUUUUGAUCGUUCAAUAAUGCAUAGAUCUGAAAAAGCUCAAAGAGCAUCAUACUACACUGAAAAGAAUCGAAGGAUUAAAGAUAACCAAAGACUAUGGAAGACUCAAAGAAAGAAUUUUGAUGAGAAGUUUUAAAGAAUAAAAGAUCAAUAAAAAAUGCUAUAAAAAGAACUUGACAUAAAGAGAAAAACUAUUCUUGAGAAGCAUGCAAAGGAAGGAGAACUGCACAAAGAAGCGCAGUAGUUUAUUUAGGAGGAGACUUAAAAGAAGCGAGAAUGGUCGAAUUUGAAGCGAACAGAUCAAUAGGAGAACCUUUCUAUCAAUAAUAGGAAAAAAGAGCUACUCAAGGAGAGAUUAAUAGAGAAACAUAUUGUACUUAAGAAAUAAUUAGAAGGAUAUAAACAAUAACAAAACUUGGUUCUAGAACAUAGGAAGAGGUAGGACAAGGAAAGGAGAAAAUUAACAGAAGAAAUAGUUGAAACAAGUCAUAGUGCAUUUAGAAAGAGACUUAUGAGCCAGAGUUUAGGUCCUAGUUAAGGCCUUGGAGGAAAAGAUGAUGAUGAGAAGAAUAGAGAUAUUAACGAAACUAAAUGA